GCUACCCAGCAGCUAUCAGAGUGGUGCAACGGUGUUGGCACUACUGCCAUCACAGUACUUACGCACUUCAUGUCAUCACAGGACGAUGUGGAGACUGACAAGGAUCACAAAAAUUUUGCAAAAAACUUACGUCUCAAGUUAGCUUUCUUGUAUGGGACUGUCACCAAGGAU